ACUAUAUUUCAUGGCACACUGACAGCAGUUCUUAUCACAUACUCUCGACUUUAGCCUUUAUCACUUGGUCCUGUAGUGGAACAAAGCUGCUUUUUGACCUCGGCAUGGCGGCAGAAACAUUACGGACGUUACGAGUGUGUCGGCGUCACUUCGCUCUGCUGCAGAAAUAUUCAGAGCCCACAAACACUUCACUGCUGCUGCGCAAAUCCUUCAGCACACAGAGGAGUGGGCGGAGUCUCCGGCCUCUGAGGAAGCUGCUGAUUGGUGCGUCAGUGGGCGUUCCCAUGGCAGUGGGCGUGAAAUACGCACUCUCUGACCCCAAAGACAGGAGGAUGAUGAGGAUAUUAGUGGAGGGAACAGGACGCUUCUGCAGAUCUCUGUAUAUCGGAUUUCUGAUUUCAGUGGAUUAUUGGUGGACGUCCCACGUGGUUCUGCGCGGCGUGGACGAGGAAAGUCCGGAGUUCAGGGCGGCCAUGUCUGCGUGUCACCAGCGGGCGGCGGACAACAUGGUGGAGGGAGCAGUGAGGAACGGGGGAGUGUACAUUAAAUUGGGACAGGGCCUGUGCUCGUUUAACCACCUCCUCCCUCCGGAGUACAUCCACACGCUGCAGGUGCUGGAGGAUAAAGCGCUGAACCGCCGCUGCAAAGAGGUAGACGCUUUAUUCCUAGAGGACUUCAACUCCACGCCGGAUAAACUGUUUAAGACGUUUGAUUACACGCCCGUGGCGGCCGCUAGUUUGGCGCAAGUGCACAAAGCAGAGCUGCACGACGGGACGCCCGUGGCCGUGAAGGUGCAGUAUAUAGACCUCAGGGAUCGGUUCGAUGGAGACAUCCGGACGUUGGAGAUCCUGCUGGAUAUCGUGAAGCUCAUGCACCCGAGCUUCGGUUUCCGCUGGGUCCUAAAGGAUCUGAAGGGAACGUUGGCGCAGGAGCUGGAUUUCGAGAACGAGGGCAGGAACUCGGAGCGAUGUGCUGAAGAGCUGAAACACUUUAAAUUCAUCGUCAUACCCAAAGUGUUCUGGGACCUGACCAGCAAGCGCGUCCUCACGGCCGAGUUCUGCGAAGGCUGCAAAAUCACCAACGUGGAGGAGAUCAAGAGGCAGGGCCUGAGUUUAAAAGACACGGCAGAUAAAUUCAUCAGGACUUUUGCAGAACAGAUAUUUUACACUGGCUUUAUACACGCAGACCCACAUCCAGGAAACGUGUUGGUACGAAGAGGUCCUGAUAAAAAAGCAGAACUUGUUCUCUUAGAUCAUGGACUGUAUGAACACCUCAGCAAAAGGGACCGAGCCGCGCUGUGCCAGCUGUGGCGCUCCAUCAUCCUCCGAGACGAAGCCGCCAUGAAGAGAUACGCCAACGACCUCGGGGUCAAAGACUACUUUCUAUUCUGCGAGAUACUCCUGCAGCGUCCGAUCAACAUGCGCGAGCUGGGUCUGGGGAACAUCCUGAGCCGCGAGGAGACCUCGUACAUGCGCAGCAUGGCCGCUCAGCGCUUCGACAGCAUCAUGGACGUGCUGAAGGCUCUGCCUCGACCCAUGCUGCUCGUCUUCCGCAACAUCAACACGGUGCGCAGCAUCAACGUGGCGCUGGGAGCUCCUGUUGACCGCUACGCCCUCAUGGCCAAGAGUGCUGUGCGAGGUUGGGGUAAAGCCAGAGCGGACGAGUCGAGGCUUCUGCUUCGGGUCGCUGUGUUGCGCUGGAUUUGGAGUUUCUGGGAGGAUGUGAAGUUGGAAUGUGCUUUAAGGUCGGAGAUGCUGAUGAUGAGCGUGACUCGCUGUGUGCUGCAGUUUCUGUGCGCCUGUGGUUUCAUCUCGCUCGACCAGGAGAUUUAUCAGUACCUCAAAUAACCAAAGACUCCGAUCACUCUGCGUCACGGUUUCAUUUCAUUACGCGUCCCUAACAGCAGGACACGCGUGACCUCUCACCCUCGUCCUCUCGUCCUGUUCGCCGGAGCUUUUUCACUCCUCCACUUCCUGUCCGCUGGAUUUCACAUGUAUUUUAAACGAAUGAAUCACUAUGCAGUCGACACUAUGCAGAUAUUUUGUGCUUUAACCAUGAGGACUUUGUUUGGACCCACGGUGUGACGAUAAUAUAACCCUAGAUAAUAAAACAGCAUCCCAUAAUAUCUUUAACAUGUUAGUAUUUUUCAUUAUUAAUAAUAAAACAGCAACCUGUGAGGUAAUUGUUAAACGGGGCAACCACAGUCAUCUUCAGACGUGACAUCGUUACCGCGACGGAGUCGAGCCACGUGCCGUUAAAGUGUCACUGAUGUGCCACAACCGUCCGCUGAACGUCAGAGAGCGCGGUGUAAAGAGGGGAUUAGUCAGAGAUGGGGAAGGUGAAGAAGGUGUUCUCAGGACAACCGCAGCCUGGACGAGACGUAUACAUCGCUCUCUCCAGGAAAUGAACAAAUUCAAGGAAACGCACAGUAUGCAGAGGAGCGUGCAAUUUUUCAAAAUCUCUGCACAUUUGUGCCGAGACUCGUCACGAAACACGUAAAUUCUGUUCAGACUGAACAAUGUGUGUUUUGAGUUUCCCAAAAGACACAAAGACCUGAACAAAUGGUCUCUGAUCUGAUGAAAAACCAAAACUCUACUUGUUGUAGACUUUGUCCCCUCUGAAGCGCGGUGGUGCGGCAUCGUGCUCGAGAGUUUCCCUCGACUCAGCUUCUCUUCUGAAUAAUCCCUUCUUUUAGCAAACUCUGGGUCCCUGGCACGUGACGGAUAACGUGACGCUUUAACUCAGUGUUAUUAGUGCAGCGUGUUUAACAGGGGACGUUGUCCCGAAGCAGCUUUACAGAAAUAUAUACAUUCAGGAUAGAGAUGUUAAAUGGAUGAAUUUAUCCCUAAUGAGCAGCCAGAGGCGACGGUGGUGAGGAAGACGCCUCGAGGGAAACCCGUCCUCACCUGCGUGACACCGGACCGAGCGAUUAUGUUACGUGUGAUAAACGGACUGGAGUAUGAGCAUCAGCGAUUUCUGAUUGUAACCGGUCACGCGACAGCUAAUGUAGGGGUUUCACAGUGGCCAAUGGGGGCCAAUACUUAUGCAAUCAGAACUUUUCUUUUUUAAAAUCCUAGAAAUAAUUGUCUCCUUUAUGUUAGUAUUAUGGGAUGUCUUGUGUAGAUUUACGACAUCAAACCCCAGUUAAAGUGAUGACAGUUCGUGUAACUACACAAUGUGGAAAACCUUCAAGGGGGGUGAAUACUUAUUCACAGCACUGUAAAUGACCUUGCUGUCGUGAAGUGAAGAAUGUGAUUAUUGCGCGUCGUCGUAGCAGAAGAGCUCUAAAGGGUAGAGUUUAGUUUUCUGUUGCAGGUUACGCAGCGGGGAAUGAUCAGAGUUAUCUCUCUACUGUCCAGCGUGGAAACUUUCAAAAUUAAAUAAACUAAAUAUAUUCAUCUAGAUAAUCUGGUUUCAGCUAAAGGUCAUGUGACUUCAGGUCCCUUUAAUAAAGGAAGUAUUUCAUUA